GGCAGCAUGGCAGUGAGUCAGAAGCAGGAGAAGGGUGAUGUGGCGCGAGAUCAUAAGGCUGCGAUCUCGAGCUCCUUGUCAAGGAUAUUUGAACACAACUCGAUCAUUUAAAUAACGACACGGGCACACAGGGUAUGCCGGUGUCCAGAUACGUUGGCGUGGAGGGCUGGAGCACAAAGCAGGUCACCGGCUGGCUGAGAGAUCAAGGAUUUCGUGAAUAUGUGGAUCUCCUGUGCACUAAGCAUCGACUGGAUGGAGUCAGCCUGCUGUGUCUUAGUGAGGCUGACCUACGGUCCCCUCCGCUGGAAAUUAAGGUGCUGGGUGACAUAAAGAGAUUGAUGCUGGCAGUGCGGAGACUUCAGAUGCAACACACAGCCCUCACACACACAGAGGUUAGCACAUUGUCUCCUAUGCACAAUGGGAGAAUAGAUAUUGGUAAUGGCUUUGCGGACGUAAGGAGAAGAGAUUAUCAAUAUAGUAACGGGGUCAGCUGGCCGGUCACCACGGUCGGUGAGGAACAUAGCAGUGCUUACUCAAACGGGAAGCGUAAGCAGUGUUGUGCUCGGCUGGACCCCGAGUAUUGGAAGACGGCACUCGGUACUCUCUACGCCAUGCUGGUAUGCGGAGUGACGUCAUUUGUAAUGGUGCUUGUGCACGAGAGAGUUCCAGACAUGCGGACGUACCCGCCACUUCCAGACAUAUUUCUGGACAGUGUACCCAGAAUUCCCUGGGCGUUCGCCAUGGCUGAAGCAUGCGGAGUGGUGUUAAGUUUCAUAUUCCUGCUGGUGUUGUUAAUGCACAAACACAGGUCUAUUUUGUUUCGCAGGUUGUGUAGUUUAAUGGGGACUGUAUUUCUGCUCCGCUGUGUCACAAUGUUCGUCACAUCACUGUCUGUACCUGGUCAUCAUCUGCAAUGUUCAGGCAAAGUAUAUGGUGAUAUGUGGGCAAAAGUGCAGCGUGCACUGGACAUCUGGAGUGGGUUUGGCAUGUCUUUAACUGGUGUUCAUACGUGUGGAGAUUACAUGUUCAGUGGACACACUGUUGUUCUCACCAUGCUCAACUUCUUUGUCACUGAAUAUACACCACGUAACUGGAACUUCAUUCACACCAUGUCUUGGGUCUUGAAUCUGUUUGGAAUCUUCUUCAUCUUGGCGGCACAUGAACAUUACUCCAUAGACGUCUUCAUCGCAUUCUACAUCACCACCAGACUGUUCCUGUACUACCACACGCUGGCGAACACGCAAGCCUAUCAUCACAGCCGCAGAGCUCGUAUCUGGUUCCCUCUCUUCUCUUUCUUUGAGUGCAACGUGACCGGACCCGUUCCAAAUGAGUAUGGCUGGCCUUUCUCCAAACCUGCCUUCAUGAAGAUCCUUUUAGGAUAGACCUUCACUGUUGUCUCUUGGGGAAAUAUUAUUUAUUGCAUUUGUUCACUUUUUGAAACUCCUGUCAUUAAUUACACUGUAAAGUAGAAAAUUGUUUUGUUCUGGUGGCUCAUUGAUCGUGCCUGCCUGUUUAGCAGUCUAUAAAGUAUUUUGAAAUGCUCCUUUUUUAUACUCUAUAAUUGAGUGCCUAAUUUUUCAAUAUCAGUUUUGUUUGACUGGUGCAGAAAGGAGUAUUUAGUAAAGCAGAUUUCAGGACUCAUCAAUUAAAAAGUAAAUAAGCACAUAGUAUUUUAAUGCCAUAAACUAUUGCAGUAUAAGAUAUAAGAGAAAGGAAUACAUAAAUAAAUAUUACUCUAAUCUGCAUUCAGUUGUUAAACUAAUACCUCAGUCUUAGACUUUAUGUCCUUUGGUGCCUAGGUCUUGUAACAGAGAUGUAAUAUUUGUCUUACUGAUUUUGCUAAUUCUAAUAAUUUACGUUUUUAUAAUUAUUUCAAACUUUUUUUAUGUGACUUCAGGAAGAAAUUACAAUUUGUCAAAACGUGUUUUGCCAACAAGUGUUACUGUCAAUAACCAAAGAUAUGUUCAACACUAACAUCAACGCCAUUAUUAAAAGGGAGGUGCUGCAUUAUGUUUACUAGUAAGAUUAAUACUAUAUGUGUAUGUUUGCAAAUAUAUGUAUGUGUACAUUUAAUUUAUAACAUUGUUUCUUUUUCAGUUUUAUUUUAAUGUAAUUUAAAGUCUUAUCAAGUUGUUUAUAAACCCAUAUGAUUAUUUUACCGGAACAAUAAAAGUUUACAAACACUUUUAUAAAGUA